ACACACCUACGCGUGCCACGAACAUCACCAUCAUCAGACUUGGUCGUUCGGCCACGUUCUCCGUACCCGCCGAAACAAUCCCGCAAGUUGAACGCGACCGCUGCAGUGGACGGAGGCCUGACACGCCACCUGUGCUACUACCCCCCACGUGCUUGGCGCGAGCCUCUCUCUUCUGAAAGCGUCGACGCCUAACGCCGUUCCUACGCACGUCUUCAAGGCACCGCACACAUAGCUUCGGUAGGCAGAGUAUGCCGAUGAGGGGCCAGAAAACCCGCGGUCGCGCUUCUGCUGGCACCUGCAGGAGUCCGAGAGGCACUCCGCCCUACUUCUCGGAACGCCAACGCGGCGGGUCUCAACCCAGCCUCAGGGACGCCGGCGAAGCUCCUCCGCCGGUGCCCGAAACCAGAGAGCUCUCCGUCUCGGAGCUCUUUAGCCGCUUGCCCAGCCACUUCGUGUCCAAGCCCGGCGUCACGACGCACGUCAUCGAUGGGUUCGUCAUCCAGGAGUCGCCCGAGCCUUUCACGACCACCGCCGAGACGACCAGUGCCGUGGGCGCGCAGCACAACUGUCGCGUGAGUUCGGACGCACCGCCGCCGCCGCCGUCACAUCCGGCUCCUGUAACGACGCCGGACCCGAGUCCGUCUCGAGCUCGCCCCGCGAAGUCGACCCCCUGCGGUAGGCAGGGUCGGAAAGCGGCGGACCCGUUUCUCGUCCAGACUGCGCAGCCGCCGGUCACGACCCGCACACCUGCCGCGACGUCGACCGCGCACUCGACACCCGAACGGACUCCGAUGUCAUCAGCGAGCGAGAAGACAGUAGCACCGACGCCGAUGACACAGAGCGCAGCUCACGCGACCGCCGCCAAGUCCAAGGGCACAAGUGCGUCGCCACCUAAUAAGACUCGCCGAGAGACGGCUUCGCAGGUGUUCAUCGCACCGCCUCAGCAACCUACACCUCCUCCCCCGCCGAGGAUGAACUCCCCGGAAGUGUGGACGGUAGAGGACGUGGUCGAGUUCAUCGCGGAACAACCGGGGUGCGAGCGCUACGCCGAGAAGUUCCGCUACCAGGAGAUCGACGGCGAAGCGCUGCUCCUGCUGAAGGAGCACCACCUGAUGGCGGCGAUGAACAUGAAGCUGGGGCCAGCGCUGAAGGUGUGCGCCGUGAUAAGUUCGCUGAGGGCUGCGCCCUGAACUGAACUCGUGCGUGUUCAUGGCAGCACCCGUUGUGUUCGCGUGGUGUUCAUGGUAGCACCAGCAGUGCUUUUCCCACAGGUCUUGCCCUGGACUGGCGUCACUGCAACGAGUGACGUGUUGUGCAAAGCGUUGCCGAAAGCAUGAGCGACUCUUCUCUUCUCUUUCUCUCUGCCAUUUCUUUUUAUUCAUGGUUUUCCAACAAGAACCUAGAAUGUUAUUCCUGUUAAAUGAAAGAGUUUGUACACUUUC